GUUGGUAGUCAACAGCUUUUCAAGCCGCCCAUGCAUCAAAAGUACCCAAAGCGCUCCCAUGGGAGAUAGUCAGGAAGAUUAAUCGGCUGUCUGUUUUAACCGCGGACGUAUCCGUGGUUUUGAAAAUAAAAAAGACGUCAGACGACAAACAGCCGCUGCAGGACUACGUUCAGGAACGGGUUUCAACAAAAAACAUUUUACUGCUCUAGUAUUUUGUGAUAAAAAAGUAUUGGGAGGUGAAAAUUAUUGGGCAUAAUAAUGACGUCAUUUUUUUCAUUAUUUCCAUAAACACGUAUAUGUUUUUUGGAACCGGACAAACUUUACUACUGAACUAAAUGAAUGCUAGUUCAAACGACAUAGCAGCAAUCACAGAUAAGCAGAAACACAUGUACCAAGGAUAUUAUUAUUUUUAUUUUUUUCUUUACGGGCAUGCUCUUAGUCGGACCUUGAAUCAACGUCAAUGUAAUUAAGAACCAAUGACCUUCUUGUGUCUAGAUAUCGGUCUUACUAUACCUUCAAAUGUUAUUUGGUGAAAUGUACUGUCUAUGAGGCACUGGAGAAAGAAAAUUUAUGCCAAAACAUAGUGAAUCAUUUACGAUUAGGAUGCAGUCUAGAUGGCAAGGCCGCUAAUACUAUAAAGUGACAUUGACCGUCUGCUAUUUUUUCCCUAAAACAAUAAUAAUAACAAAACAGAGAGUAAUACUCAAGAUUCAAGCCACCGGACCAACGGUUGUGUCUUACUAGACCCGUUGUGCUGAAACAGUUGCAGAACUUGCCCCUAAAACUUCAGGCACUACAAAACAACAACUUCAGUGAGAUCAUUUUGGGCCAAGUAACAACGUACUGGCAGUCAACCUCGUCAAGCGGGAAGUGAUUUUUGACUGUUUACUGGUAGCGGUUGGAGCAUUCGUUUAUAGCGGAAUAAGACUAUUAGUAAAAUCUCCCAGUCCCUCGGGACCUAUUAUAAAGAAUGCAACAAACGGCAACGAAUUUUGUGACAUUUCUUUUCCUCUCCACUGUAUUCCAUCUCUAUGAUAUAGCCUUCACCUCCAUAGUCGUCAGUUCUUUUCCAAGUGGACAGGCAGCAGCAGAGUACAACAACAUGGCGAUUGAUAACGCCACUGGGGCUGUAUAUGUUGGAGCUGUUAAUAUUCUUUACCGACUGGAUGGUGACUUACAACUGCUACAGAACGCAACGACUGGACCAGUCACGGAUAGUCCAUACUGUAGUCCACCUCCUUCUUCCUGCUCAAAGGGAACGCCCACAGACAACUACAACAAAAUCUUAGUGGUAGACCAGUCUAGGGGUAAACUGAUAAUAUGUGGAAGUGUAUAUCAAGGUACUUGUGAGUCUAGACCAGUCACUGAUAUAUCACAGGCUACUCCACAUCGUGGCUCUGACCCUUUGGAAAGUUACAUCGCCGCUAAUUCUCCAGAUGCUUCCACUGUGGCUUUUAUAGCAACGGGACCCAACUACCAGGAUGUGUUAUAUGUGGCUUCUACUUAUACUGGACAGGGGGAAAGUGGUAGACUUCGGGAAUCUGUGGCAGCAGUUAGUAGCAGAUCUCUUCAAACACUGGAAUUGGCAAGCUACAACUCAUAUGACGGUAUGGGAACGUAUAUAUCCCUCUCUGACUCUGCUCGAAGUACUUAUCUAGUGAAUUACGUUUCCGGGUUCUCUUUGGAUGGUUAUAGUUAUUGCAUCACUAACCGAAAGACAAGACUUACCAGCACAGAAUAUGAAUCCAGAUUAGUUCGAAUUUGCCAGAAUGAUGCCAAGUACUACUCGUACUUCGAAAUGCCUUUGAAUUGCAUAGGGGCCACUCCUAACGAGUGGUUCAGCUUAGCAAAAUCUAUAUCGGUAACAAAGCUCGGAAAUACUGAUGUUCUAAUAGGUAUUUUUGUCAAAGGAUCUGCCACAGCUUUGUGUCUUUUUUCAGUAGACAAUAUUAACAUUAUCAUAAAAUACAAAUACCAGCAGUGUUACGCUGGAGCUGGAACCACGGGGGCAGUACAGUUCCCAGGAGGUUCAAGACAAUGUGUUGCUUUUCCAUCAUAUAACUACGGGUCAAACUAUUGUAACCAUGACUAUGACGGUAUUAACACGCCCCUGGUGCCAACCACCCCGGCGAUAUCAACCCCUGCUCUGACAACCACGUCGUCCACAUGGACAGUAGUAGCCACAAUAACAACCACCAGCUACACUGUGGCUUUUGUUGGAACUGCUGACGGACUAUUAAAGAAGAUAUUAAUCCAGUCUAAUACAUCUGCUGUGGAAUAUGCAUCGGUGCAAGUGUCAAGCGAUCAGGUUAAAGAUAUACAGUUAGACGGUACAGGAGAGCACAUGUAUAUUAUGACCAAAUACAAGGUUAGUAAGAUGAAGGUAGAAGACUGUGGUAGUUAUAAUAGUUGUGAGGAAUGUCUGGCAUCAAGAGAUCCGUUCUGUGGGUGGUGCAGUCUGGAGAACAAAUGCAGAAGAAAAAGUCAAUGCUCGGAUGCAGAUGGCGCCGAAAGAUGGCUUCCCUUUAAUAAUGGACAGCGUCCCAAGAUCAAUAACAUUUCACCAUCAAACACACCCCUAGCCAGACCCACACAGGUGAACAUCUCAGUAAGCCUUCUACCCCCAGGAGAGAACUACCAGUGUGUAUUUGAUACCACAGCUGUCAGUGCCACAGUCACUGGAGGAAACUUGGUGACAUGUGACACACCUAACAGCUUACCUACUAUACCAACUGGAGUCGACCACAUUACAAUACCCUUAUCUAUCAAAUCAGUUACGACAAGCGUCAAGUUUUUAACGACCAACUUCACUUAUUUUGACUGCGGUGCACACUCAGGGUGUGUGUCCUGUACCAGCAGCAAGUGGGCCUGUGAUUGGUGUAUUUUUGCUAACACGUGCACCCACGCCAGCAGUACUUGUAGUUCUAGUGGAGGGCUGAUACUCGGGCAAAAUAGUCAUGUCAGUGUGGGUAUUAAAGGUCAAACCAUGUGUCCCAAGCUCCUGCCACGUGCACAGGACAUCCUGUUACCUGUUGGGGUACCUAAAGUGAUCUCACUGAGUGGAAAGAAUCUACCUGUACCACAGGCUGGCCAAGGUGGUUAUCAAUGUAAGAUAGGUACUAACACAGCCCCAGCUAUCAGACAGAAUGAUAGUGCCAUAGACUGCCAGAGACACACUUAUGAAUACACAGCCAACAUUGGACAGGAGAGACACAAAAUACAAGUAAUCUGGAAUAAUAACCAUGUGAUAGAUCAACCCACAGGUUCUGAAGUCAGUGCAAUCCUGUACAAGUGUGACGUCAUGGGCACCACAUGUGGCAGAUGUAUUGGUGCCGUGGAUAUAAAGUUUGGCUGUGCUUCCUGUGGAGGGACGUGCAAGUAUCGCCUAACAUGCAGUGUGCCAGUUGAGAGCACUUGUUCUAAUGUUAUCAUUAACUUGGUUACUCCCUUGAGCGCCCCAGUUGAAGGUCACACCAAGGUCACCAUCAGUGGCACCAAUUUAGGCACCUCUGAUGCUAGUAUACCAACUGUAAGACUGGCAGGGGUGGCCUGUAGACCUGUUGCAGAAGCUUAUGUGGUGUCACAGAGAAUUGUGUGUACGGCAGCUGAAGCUCCAGGCAGGUUGGCCAGGAAUGGUUCCAUAGAAGUACAGGUCCAGGGUUUGGGCAUAGUAUACCGCUACUCCCAGAUGUUCAGAUAUGUGGUGAGCAUUUUUUUGAUUACUUUUUUAUCACUGAUGUUGAUGAAAAUAUGA